AUGUUCAAGCACUCCUUUUCUUCGAAGAAUCGAGCAAAGAAGAGAACCAAGCCUUCUAAGAAAAACUUGGACGAGGAAGCAAAAGAAAGGAUGGAGGAGAGUAUGGACAACGAACUCGCCAGGUCGGCAGCAAGUCCUCUCACUAGUCCUAUUGUCAAUAUCAUCGUGGGUAAGGACAAGCGUACUUUCGCCGCCCAUGAGGAUGUUUUGACUGUCUCCCCAUUGUUCUACGACUACCUGAGGGACCAGUCUCCGGGAUCGGGUACCAAGCAGCUGGACUUGCCUGAAGAGGAACCCGAAAUUUUUUCCUGUAUCCUGGAAUUUCUCUACAAGGGUGACUAUUAUCCUCGCAUGUUCCGCAGCAAGCGAUCCGGUAAUUGGUGCCUGGAAAAUGCACAGGAGGACAGUGAAACUGGAGGCAAUGGUUCUAGUGAGCCAACCUUUCUCCACCCUGGAGUGGGAGAUGUUGUGCUUCGAGACAGCGUGGUCUACUGUGCAGCUGGGAAGUAUGGCCUGGAACGCUUGAAACGUCUUGCUCUGAGAAAGCAAGGUCUACAGACAGGUAUUUCAGCUGAUGUGCUCUUACGUUCCGCUCGGUACACCUAUGAAAACACGCCCCCAACAGAUGACGGAUUGCGUGUUUACUACCUGGCCCACAUAAUCCGUAAUCGCAGGGCUCUGAAGCAGAGCACAACCAUGCAUACCGAAAUGCAGAAAGGGGGCACACUCUUCUUUGAUCUGUUUGUGGCGAUGUGCAACGCGAUGGAUGACACGGUGGAGAUCCGUAUAUACAUCGGAAUCCCUCGUUUUGCCAACGACUACAUCAACAAACAUGAACUGAAUCUGGACGGGCUGACGAUCACUGAUCCACGACCAAAUUCUUUCCACGUCACCCAUGUUGAAAAGCUUCAUCUAGGUGGUGGAAUUCCCGGCAUUGGACAUCUGACAGCUUUCAAUACCAGUUUCAGAGCACCAGGCACCGAGAAGGAAUUCGCCGAACUUUCAUUUCCUAGGCUUGACUUCGACAGAGGAGAAAGUACCCUUGAUCUUGACCAAGACAUUAAUUUGUCAUGUAUGGAAUGCUUCUCAAAAUUAGCUGCAGCGGCCAUCACUGGGGAGAAAUUUGAAUUCCUAGUUACUGGCCGUCCAGAACUGAAGCUGGGUGCUUUCCCCACUGCUCAUCUCAGAAUUCAUAAAAUGGUUCAGAUGACAGGCUUCAAACCCGAAGACUUCUUGAAAUCGAAUGGAAAAUUCAAAACCACGCAUCUCCGAAUUAUGAGUCCACCGGUAAAUGGGUUCAACGUCAACGCGACGAUUACCAUGAGAGCGGCGAUCGGCUUCACGAUGGAAAUGGGCCAUGUUACAUUCAAUCUGACGUUGAAUGACUCGCCCCUAGGAUACUUGGAUAUACCAAAUCUCACCCUUGAGCGCGAUCAAACCAGUGUCGUCGUGCUCGGGAGCAUCGAUGAGUCUAUACUCAUUCGUGAGUUCCUCUGGGGUCAUGGCGAUGGUACAGAAGUGACUAUUGGGUUCAAGGGUCAUGGUUGUGACUAUAAUGGGGUCGAGAUCCCCUACUUUGCGGCUGCCGUCAGAGCGAUUGAUGCUUCAGCCACAGUCGAUUUGCUUCAGUACCUUCAUCUCUUGACAUAG